AUGUCGGAUAGGAAGAGGAAGGCCUCCGGCUCGCAGGAGCCAGUGUGCGUGCUGUGUGGCCGGUCGGAUGUUGACCCAGACAUCGUAGGGUAUCUUUGUCAGAAGAACGGGAUUCGUGUCCAUUCAUUUUGCCUGCUUUUUGCCACCGGCCUUUAUCAAGAAGACAACUUUCUGUUGGGAAUUUUGGGGUUUUCCCUUGCUGCCAUCACACGCAAGGUCAAGCAGGCAACCCAGAAGCAAUGCUUUGUUUGUGGUGAGAGAGGGGCUGCCAUCACGUGUGCAGAGAGUGACUGUGAACGAAGCUUCCAUCUGCCCUGUGCUGUGGAAGGGGAAUGUGUCACCCAGUUCUUUGGGAUGCACAGUUCCUACUGCUGCAAGCACCGGCCUCGACAGGCAGUUCCGGAAGAUCCAGAACAUGACAUCAACUGCCUCAUCUGCCUUGAGCCUGUGGGGGACAGCACAGCCUACCACAGACUGGUGUGCCCAGCAUGUAAACAUGCCUGGUUCCACCGGGACUGCAUCCAGGUAGGAGCCCUCCCCUAUCCUGCAGAUACACAUGUUGAUCAGCAGCAGCAGGCACCACAAAUGUUCACCCUGCUUGUGAUUCUCCUGCAGCUACAGGCCUUCACUGUUGGUGCUGUGGGCUUCCAGUGCCCCGUCUGUCGAGACGAAGAUCUAUUCCAUUUGGAUAUGUCCACCAUGGGGAUCCAAAUCCCUGCCAGAGGACAAAAUACGAUGGAAUAUGACCCACCAGUUCUCCAGAGGCACAGCCACUGUGAUGCCAGCGAAUGCCUGUACCAUGGAGGCAGAGAGCAGGCCGAGAGCAGUGGGCCCUGGCAGCUGCUCCUGUGCAGCUCCUGCGCUGCUGAGGGCACCCACCGACAGUGCUCCCACUUGAAUGACACCACAGCCAUGUGGGAGUGCAACAGCUGUGCUGGCCUGCGUACCGCCUCCAGUGCCAACACCGAGCUUGCUGGGCCCUGCACUGCCAGCGAGAGGGCUCCGGGACCAUCCAGCAGUUCCAUGGAGCCUGAGACCUUGGGCUCCAUGCCCGCCAGCCAGGCAGCAUUGGGGACGACAUCACAGAGUUCCCAGCUGCCUGAGCACAGCGACCUGCCCAGGGCGGAGGGCAUCAGGGUCCUCCAGGGCGUCCCCGGCAGCUGCUCGCAGGAGACGUCCCAGGCAGCGCGGAAGAAGCCGCACACGAAGCCGCUCCCCGCUGCGAGGUCGGGCCCCGAGUUCCCGGAGCCGGCCAAGAAGACGCCGUGGCAGCCGGGAAACGCCAGCCCCAGGGCAGCGGAGCGGCACCCGGUCAAGGUCUGCCACUUCGAGAUCCCCGAGGGCUUCCAGAGUGCCCGGACGCAGGGGACCGUCCAGGCAGCGACGGUGCACCCGCACCCGCAGCCCUCCUCCGCAGAGACGUCGGGCUCAAAAUUCCCGCAGCUCACGCCAAGGAGGCAGCAGGACGCGGGCUCAACGGCGGAGGACAUCGCGGGAAUGAAGCUGCUCCCAGGAACAACUUCAGAGACAAAGUCCCCACACACAGCCCCCAAGUCUGCGUAG